AUGAGUAACGUGACAUCAGAGGAGGUAGAGAAGUUCCUGGAUUCGAAUGUCAGUUUUGCCAAACAGUACUACAAUCUCUACUACCGAGCGAAGGUCCUCUCAGACCUCCUCGGGGCCAAGGAGGCUGCCGUGGACUUCAGCACCUACCAUUCCCUGAGCAGCGUGGAGGAGAGUGAAAUCAUGUUUGACCUCCUGCGGGACUUUCAGGAGAACUUACAAACUGAGAAAUGCAUCUUCAAUGUCAUGAAGAAGCUGUGUUUCCUUCUGCAGGCCGACCGCAUGAGUCUAUUCUUGCACCGCGCCCGCAAUGGCACCCCAGAACUGGCCACGAGGCUGUUCAACGUGCAUAAGGACGCGAAGCUUGAGGACUGCCUGGUGGCACCUGACGGGGAGAUCGUGUUUCCCCUGGACAUGGGCGUGGUGGGCCAUGUUGCACACUCUAAAAAGAUGGUCAACGUCACCAACACGGAAGAGGAUGAACAUUUCUGUGACUUUGUGGACAACCUCACAGAGUACCAAACCAAAAAUAUCUUGGCUUCCCCCAUAAUGAAUGGCAAAGAUGUGGUGGCAAUACUCACUGUGAACAAAGUGGAUGACUGCACUUCACCAAAGUUUGAUGAGGAGAUCUUCUUCAAAUACCUCAAUUUUGCGAAUCUGAACAUGAAAGUGUAUCACCUGAGUUACUUACACAACUGUGAGACUCGGCGUGGUCAGAUAUUGUUGUGGUCUGGAAGCAAAGUCUUUGAAGAGCUCACAGACAUUGAGAGACAAUUCCACAAAGCCCUGUACACAGUCAGAGCCUUCCUCAACUGUGACAGAUAUUCCGUGGGGCUCUUAGACAUGACUAAGCAGAAGGAGUUUUUUGAUGUGUGGCCAGUCUUGAUGGGUGAGGUGCCACCCUAUUCGGGUCCCAGGACUCCAGAUGGAAGGGAAAUCAACUUUUACAAGGUCAUUGACUACAUCCUACACGGCAAAGAAGACAUCAAAGUAAUUCCGAAUCCACCUCCUGAUCACUGGGCUUUAGUAAGCGGUCUCCCUACUUACGUUGCUCAAAAUGGUCUGAUCUGCAACAUCAUGAAUGCUCCUGUAGAGGAAUAUUUUGCAUUCCAGAAAGAGCCUUUGGACGAAUCUGGAUGGAUGAUCAAAAAUGUUCUUUCUAUGCCAAUUGUAAACAAGAAAGAAGAAAUUGUUGGGGUGGCCACAUUUUACAAUCGCAAGGAUGGGAAGCCUUUUGAUGAAAUGGAUGAGACCCUCAUGGAGUCUUUGACUCAGUUCCUGGGUUGGUCUGUUUUAAAUCCUGAUACUUAUGAGUCAAUGAAUAAACUUGAAAACAGGAAGGACAUUUUCCAGGACAUGGUAAAAUAUCAUGUUAAGUGUGACAAUGAAGAAAUACAGAAAAUCCUGAAAACUAGAGAGGUAUUUGGGAAGGAGCCAUGGGAAUGUGAGGAAGAGGAGCUGGCUGAGAUCCUGCAAUCAGAGCUUCCAGAUGCAGAGAAAUUUGAAAUCAAUAAAUUCCACUUCAGCGACUUGCCCCUGACGGAACUGGAACUGGUAAAAUGUGGGAUCCAGAUGUAUUAUGAACUCAAAGUGGUUGAGAAAUUUCACAUUCCACAAGAGGUGUUGGUGCGGUUCAUGUACUCCCUGAGUAAAGGCUACCGCAGGAUCACCUACCACAACUGGAGGCACGGCUUCAACGUGGGCCAGACCAUGUUCUCACUGCUGGUGACAGGAAAGCUGAAGCGUUACUUUACAGACCUGGAGGCCUUGGCCAUGGUCACUGCUGCCUUCUGCCAUGACAUUGACCACAGAGGCACCAACAACCUCUACCAGAUGAAGUCUCAGAAUCCACUGGCUAAACUCUAUGGUUCAUCCAUUUUGGAGAGACACCACUUGGAUUUUGGCAAAACAUUGCUGAGAGAUGAGGCCCUGAAUAUCUUUCAAAACCUCAACCGCAGGCAACAUGAGCAUGCUAUCCACAUGAUGGACAUUGCCAUCAUUGCCACAGACCUCGCCUUAUAUUUCAAGAAGAGGACCAUGUUCCAGAAAAUUGUGGAUCAAUCUAAGACAUAUGAGACAGAACAGGAGUGGACACAAUACAUGAUGCUGGAGCAGACUCGGAAGGAGAUUGUUAUGGCCAUGAUGAUGACUGCAUGUGACCUCUCAGCCAUCACCAAGCCCUGGGAGGUACAGAGCAAGGUGGCUCUUCUGGUGGCUGCAGAAUUCUGGGAGCAAGGUGACCUGGAACGUGAGGUGUUGCAGCAGAACCCUAUUCCCAUGAUGGACAGAAACAAGGCAGAUGAACUCCCCAAGCUUCAGGUGGGCUUCAUCGACUUUGUCUGCACCUUUGUCUACAAGGAAUUCUCUCGUUUCCAUGAGGAGAUAACUCCCAUGCUGGAUGGGAUCACCAACAACCGCAAGGAGUGGAAGGCACUAGCUGAUGAGUAUGAGGCCAAGAUGAAGAUACUAGAGGAUGAGAAGGAGAAACAGAAAACAGCCAACCCAGCGGCUGCAACUGGGGCUCAGGCUGGGAACAACUCUAACCCAGUAGGAGGUGCACCUACAUCCAAGUCCUGCUGCAUGCAGUAG